AGAAAGUGUUUUCCUGGAAGAGAAGUGCAAGAUAAUUUCAAAGGAAGAUCAUCAGCAUGCUUUGAACCGGAAGCUCUGCUUUUGAUCCUUGCCAGGAGAAUACCUUGGAAUCUCAAGGUUUUCUGCACAGCAUAAAGGAGCAACUUCAGAGCAGUCUGUUCAGAUCCUCCUCCCCCACCCCCCGCCAGCGUGUCUAUUGAAAAGUCUGGCAAUAAGAUCAGAUUUUGUUUCUCCCGUUGUCUUUUCUAUCCCCGUCCCCUCUACCCCACCCCAGGCCCUGCCUUCUGGAAGAAAGAAACAUCGAAGUCUUCCUGGAAUAUUGCGAUAACUUUGCGGACCUUUUUCAGCCCUGCAAGCAAUUUGGUGAAAAGAUGAGCGGAAGGAGGAUCAAUAUGUUUGUAACUGCCACCUUGUAUCUUCUCUUCCAAUUUGUCCUUUGCGAUGGGACUGGAGCUUCUGACAAUGAGGAAUAUGCAGAGAUUAUUGGUCUCAAUUCAUCCCCACUCAUACUAGGCAUGCCAAUCUGUGCCUUGAAAGCUGAUCCUGGUCCUUGCAAAGCCCUGCACACCCGCUAUCAUUUCAACAUCCAUACUGGUCACUGUGAACUUUUCAACUAUGGUGGAUGUCAAGGCAAUGAAAACAACUUUUUAACCCUAGACGAAUGUCAAGAAACGUGUAUCGUAAAAGAUGUGCCAGAGAAGACAAAGAAAUUAAGACUUAAGAAUGAAAAACCUUCCUUCUGCCUUUUGGAAAAUGACCCUGGUAUUUGCCGAGGAUUACUUUCCAGGUAUUUCUACAACAAAGAGUCACAGCAGUGUGAAAAAUUCCAAUAUGGAGGUUGCCUGGGAAACCAAAACAACUUUAAAUCUUUGCAAGAAUGCCAAAAUACCUGCCAUGACAGGGUCCCCUCAGCCAAUUCCCUAAAAAUAGAUGAUGAUCACAUGGUUUUUAGUACUAUUAGUAAUAAUAGUGCUCCACUUAUAAAGCAAGAGUUAUCCCUGCUCCCUUCUCUUUGUGUGAUGCCCAUGGACAGAGGUCUUUGCAAAGCAAAUGAGAAACGAUUCUUCUAUAAUCUAACUAUUGGAAGAUGCCGUCCAUUCAGCUACACUGGAUGUGGUGGGAAUGAAAAUAAUUUUACUUCUAGGAAGGCAUGUGUGAAGAUGUGUAAGAAAGGUUUCAUUUCAAAGAAGGGACAAAAAGGUGUCAUGAAAAUGAGUCGGAAAAGAAAGAAACAACUAGUCAAGCUGAUGGAUAGGGAAAUUGUUAUUGAAAGGAUUUAAGCACUAUAUAAUUAAACUGCUCUGAAAAAGUUUCAUUUGAAGACAUCUACUAUUCUUGUAUUACCCACUUUAUUUAACAUUGUGCAUAUUUAUCAAGGUUUCAUAUAGCAACCUUGAUGUCUUUCUAUUCCCUUAGGGAUUUGCCAGGCAGAAGCCAACCUUUUUACUGUAAAAUUAAUGCUGUGACUUUUUUUUCUAUGAUUGUUACAUAGAAUUGCAGAAUAAAAGGCUGUGACCCAGAGCUAGCUCACUUUAUCUUCUUAAUCUGACACUAUCUAAUCACUCUGAUUUGUACAUGAUACAGAAUUUGCUGAAUAUACAGGAUUGUGACUGCAGAUCAAUCUGUUUUAUUCCCACGAGGUGAUUGAUUUGCCUGAUUCCACGCUGUAUGGAUCCUUGGACAAUAGAAUACUGGUAUUCCUCGACUUACGACUACAACUGAGCCCAAAAUUUCUAUUGUUAGUGAGACAUUUGUUAAAUGGAUUUUGACCAAUUUUAUGACUUUUCUUGCUACAUUUGUUAAGUGAAAUCAUUGCACUUGUUAAAUUAGU